CUAAAUAUAGCCAUGACUCAGGGCUGCUGUGGGGAGGGUCUGUUUUCUGUCCAUUGUGUGGCCAUCACCCGUGCCGUCUGUCUACUGCUGGCUGUGUCUCCUGUCCUCGCUCUGAGUUUGCCACUUGUCCCUGGCCUGUCUGCAGACACAGUUCUGACUCUCCUCCCUACCUCUUUCAACUUAACCUUGACCGGCCCUCUUGGAAGUCUUUCAGCCUCAAAGCUCCAACCACACGGCCCCAUGUCUGCGCCCCGUCUGCUGCACCAGGAGCUGUCCUGUCCGCUGUGCCUGCAGCUGUUCGACGCGCCUGUGACAGCCGAGUGCGGCCACAGCUUCUGCCACGCCUGCCUGUGCCGAGCGGCCGGGGAGCCGGGGCCCGAUGGCGCGGUGCCCUGCCCGACCUGCCAGGCGCCCACGCGGCCACAGGCGCUCAGCACCAACCUGCAGCUGGCGCGCCUGGUCGAGGGGCUGGCGCAGGUGCCACAGGGCCACUGCGAGGAGCACCUGGACCCACUCAGCGUCUACUGCGAGCAGGACCGCGCGCUCGUGUGCGGCGUCUGCGCCUCGCUCGGCUCCCACCGCGGCCACCGCCUGCUGCCCGCAGCCGAGGCUCAUGCGCGCCUCAAGACUCAGCUCCCCCAGCAGCAGCUGCAGCUGCAGGAGGCGCAGGAGCGCAAGGAGAAGUGCGUGGCGGUCCUGGAGCGACAGCUGGCGGAGGUGGAGGAGACGGUGCGGCAGUUCCGCGCGGCCGUCGGGGAGCAGCUGGGGCGCAUGCGGCAGUUCCUGGCGGCGCUGGAGGGCUCGCUGGAGCGCGAGGCGGAGCGGGUGCGCGGGGACGCGGGGGCGGCGCUGCGGCGCGAGCUGGGCGCCCUGGGCUCCUACCUGGAGCAGCUGCGCAACAUGCACGGGGUGCUGCGGGACUUGGCCGACAAGCCGCAGACCGAGUUCCUCACCAAAUACUGCCUGAUGACCAGCAGGCUGCAGAAUAUCCUGGCUGAGUCUCCCGCUCCUGCCCGUCUGGACAUCCAGCUGCCUGUCAUCUCAGAUGACUUCAAGUUCCAGGUGUGGAGGAAGAUGUUCCGGGCUCUGAUGCCAGCACUGAGCGAGCUCACCCUGGACCCGGGCUCGGCCCACCCCAGCCUGGUGCUGUCGGCCUCGGGCCGCCGCGUGGAGUGCUCGGAGCAGAAGGCACCCCCUGCCGGCGACGACCCGCGCCAGUUCGACAAGGCGGUGGCGGUGGUGGCGUGCCAGCUGCUGUCGGAGGGCGAGCACUACUGGGAGGUGGAGGUGGGCGACAAGCCGCGCUGGGCGCUGGGAGUGAUCUCGGCCCAGGCCGGCCGCCGCGGUCGCCUGCACGCGGUGCCCUCGCAGGGGCUCUGGCUGCUCGGGCUGCGCGACGGGAAGACCCUGGAGGCGCACGUCGAGGCCAAGGAGCCGCGGGCGCUGCCCUCCCGGGAUCCAAGGCUGGGGCGCAUCGGCAUCUACCUGAGCUUCGCCGACGGCGUCCUGGCCUUCUAUGAUGCCACCGACCCCGAUGCGCUCGAGCUGCUCUUUGCCUUCCGAGAGCGCCUGCCGGGGCCCGUGUACCCCAUGUUCGACGUGUGCUGGCACGACAAGGGCAAGAACACCCAGCCGCUGCAGCUAGUGGCACCCGAUGAGCAGGCCUGAGCGCUCCCCGGGAGUGCAGGGCCAGGGGGGCCCAAGAGGCCUCCUAAACUGGGGUGACAUGCACGGGGCUAGGGGGCGGAGGAGGGGGGCCUGAAGUCUUGUCAGUGAGGAAACCCCACUUGGAGUCCAGGAAGAGGCAGUCCUGGGAGGUGGUGCAGCGGCUAGAGUGUUGGUCCUGAGUUUGAGCCCCCCCAGUCCCCUACCACAAACUCCACUCCUCCUUGGUGGUUCCUGUGGGGACUCAGGACAACACACCAGCUUGAGCUCACUAUUUGUUUGUUUGUUUAUUUUUACUUAUUUUUUAACCAGAGUACUGCUCAGCUGUGGCUGAUAUUGGUGCUGGGGGAUUGAACUUGGGACCUUUGGUGCCAUCAGCAUGAAAGACAUUUUUUUUUUGCAGAACUAUUAUGCUAUCUCCCCAUGUCCCCCUUAUAUUUUCUUAAAGAUUUAUUUAUUAAUUAACAAAAGAACCAGAACAUCACUCUGACACUUGCAAUACUGGGGAUCGAACUCAAGACUUCAUGCUCUAAGUAUUCUGCUCUAAGCCACUGCAUUGCCUCCCAGGCUGCUUGGCAUUCAUUGCCUUUUGAAAGUCAGAUUGCUGAGUUUCUGGGUCAGCAGGUCCGGGUAGGGGAAACAUGUCCCUCUAGCAAGAUCCUAGGUGAUGCUGGGAUAGUGGGGCCAUCGUGGAGUGACACCCCAGAUCCUGCUGUCCAGUUCACUCCCUGUGACACAGAUAGAGAUCUCAGAUAACUGUUAGAUCCCAGACACAGAAUCCUCACCCCAACCGCACCCCGAUAUUCCUCCACUGACACACAGAGCCCACUCCACAGAGCUGCCCCCAACUUCUUUCCCUUUUCCUUUGGGCUGUGCUACUGUCUUGGGCAUCAAGGAAGCCCCCCAAAUCCGUAACUAAAGAGCCUGAUGCUGCCCCUCCCCCCAAAUGAACAGGCUCUCCCAUCCCCAGUUGGGCACUCACCUGGUUUACUUUUAGCUUGCUGUCCCGGAUUUUAGGCUUCAGAGUAACUGACGAAGCUGAGCGCUAUGAGUCAUGUUCCUGGAGGGAGAGGCCUCUAGGGACAUAGGUUUUUGGUCACAGGCCACUCACUGUCACCCAAGGGGACUUCUGGGACACUGACUCUCAUAGGAGGGGCUAUUGAUUGUGAAAGUUUCUGGGUGCAACUGGUCCCAGUGUGGGGGUUUUCUUGGGGGGACAGGACAGAUCAAGUGGGAGGAAGGUGGAGGGGUUGUGGGGUAGGAAAGGCCCAUGCAUAUUGGGGGGGGUUUGGAGUGGGUGGUACAUCUGGCUGUGUCUCCCUGAGGAACAGUACUGAGCUCUGGCCCUGGGGCAUGAGAGGAUAAAGUUGGGAAGUGCUUUUACACUGGAUAAAGGAAGGAGAAGCUGAGGACGCCCUGGCUGUGCGCUGUUAAUAAAACCCAUUGUGUGCCAA